AGUGUGCAACUUUCUCCCUAUAGCUGCACCUGCUCCAAAUCCCUCUAUCAGGCUGGCUUGAUAUUCAUUGCCACAGGAGUUGAUGGGGAAGGAGUUAAUGUGCCUAGAACAAGGACAUGUUUGCAGGAGGAUGGAGAUUUCCUAUUAAACAAGAGAUGAAGGGGAACUGGUGUUGCUCUCAGCCAGAGCAAUCAAAAAGGGAGUCACAUCCUUGAUCCCCGGGGGCUCAAAUUGCCACAACAGGGCUCAACAGUAAAGAAGCUUCUACUCCCUAUGGCACCAGAGGCUGAGCAGUAAAUAUCACACUAACCUUUCAUCCUGUCCCUGCUGGGACCUCCUGUGGCUGGCUGGCUGACUGGCCCAGUUCAUAUAUUGUCUAUUCUCACUACUUGUUUCAGUAGCCCCACUCUGCUGCUGCUCGGCAUUGCUAAGAGUAGAGGAGUAAUCAUCAGCUUCUUGCCUAGCCACAGCAGGAAUUGGCAGGAGCCUACUAGUCCACUCAGUGAGAGCAACUGGUCCCUCUUUUUUGCCCAAGUACCAGUAUUAGCUCUCCCUUCUUAAUGCCUGAAUAAGAAGAUGGAAUGGGAUGAAAGAGUAGGAGCCCCAAUGGACCAAUCCCCAUGUUCUGCAUGAAGGGACAUACUAUCAGCCAAGGUGGUAGGAGUCACUACUGAGAGCCCUAGACACCAGUAUAUGGAGGAGGGUGGCAAAGACUUCAUUAGCAGUGUCAGGAAACAGUUGAAGCUUGUUAGUCUCCCUGGAACAUACAAAAAGAAGUGUAUCCUAGGAGCAGGAAAAUAGGUCUUUGUAGCUGGAGUGGUAAAAACCUUCUCCUUCAGAGGAGUGAUGCUACUGAUGGAGUACACAUUUGGGUUUUUUUCUUCCCAAAUGGGUUUUAAAUUUGGAAAAGAAACCUGUAAGGCCUGCAUCCCUGGAGCAUGCAUACAAGCCUAUUGGGCAUUGUUAGAGAAGAGACUGCUUCCAAAGGACUGUAGGUUGCAGACUAGCUGCAACCUCUAUUCCACUUUGUUCUCCUUUACUGUGAGAAGAAAAACAAGUUUCUAGAAGGCAAAUUUGAGAUAAUAAACUUUCAAUGUGGGAAGGAGCAGACGCUCGAAGGCUUGUUGAGCCACGGAAAUGAUGUGUUCAAUCUGGAGAUGGAGGCAGAUGCAGACGUGCUUGCGCUGGGCUUUCUAUCUAAAGGUGUCUUCCUUGGUUAAACAUCACCUUUAAAAGGAAACAUGGAUCCCAUAAACUCAACUGAACAAAAUUACACAUCAGAAGAACUAUUUAAAACAGUGACAUCAAAGAUUCUUGUUUCAUUUACUCUUUCUGUGCUGGCAUUAAUGACAACGGCCAUCAAUUCUCUAGUGAUGACUGCAAUAAUUGUGACAAAGAAGCUCCAUCACCCUGCCAACUAUUUAAUCUGUUCCCUUGCAGUGACUGAUUUUCUAGUUGCAAUCCUAGUGAUGCCGUUCAGCAUUGUUUAUAUUGUGAAGGAGACUUGGAUCAUGGGACAAAUAAUGUGUGACGUUUGGCUGAGCGUUGACAUUAUGUGCUGUACCUGUUCUAUCUUGCAUCUCUCUGCUAUUGCUUUGGAUCGGUACCGAGCAAUCACAGAUGCUGUGGAGUAUGCCAGGAAAAGAACACCAAAACACGCAGGCAUCAUGAUUGCAGUGGUGUGGAUCAUAUCCAUUUUUAUCUCCAUGCCUCCUUUGUUCUGGCGACACCAGACAACCAGCAAGGAUGAUGAAUGCAUCAUCAAACACGACCACAUAGCUUUCACUAUUUACUGCACAUUUGGAGCCUUUUACAUCCCACUGGCAUUGAUUCUGAUCCUUUAUUAUAAAAUCUACAAAGCAGCAAAGACAUUUCACAGAAGGAGCGUAAGCCGCAUUGUAAGAGAGGAAGUAAAUGGACAAGUCCUCUUGGAACCGGGUGAGAGAAGCACCAAAUUGGCUUUGACGCACUGCACAACAGAUAAAACAUCUGAUCCCUCAGCAGACUUGGAUAAAAUCCAUAUCACAUUGCAGAGCCCUAAGUCAGAGUCCAAGCAAGAGAAAACCUGGAAAAAACAAAGAAUCUCUAGCACGAGAGAACGAAAGGCAGCAACUACCCUGGGCUUGAUUUUGGGCGCAUUUGUGAUCUGCUGGCUCCCAUUUUUUGUAAAGGAAGUUGUUGUUAACACCUGUGCAAGAUGUCACAUUUCAGAAGAAAUGUCCAAUUUCCUCACAUGGCUGGGAUACAUCAAUUCUCUUAUUAACCCACUAAUCUAUACAAUCUUUAAUGAAGACUUCAAGAAAGCAUUUCAGAAGCUUGUGCAAUGCAAGCAAUGACAGAGUAUUUGUUCUUAUAAUACUGAACCUGAAAAGUGAUUUUUUUUAAAUAUAUAUAAUUUAUAAGACUUCUAAAAAGAGACAUUUGUUGCGUUUAGGAAAGACAUACACACACCCUUGUAUUAGUUGCACCUUGCUGUGCAAGUUGUAAAGAGACAGAUUCUCUAUGGUCAGUGUUGUGCUGGAAAAGGAGAGGUUCCAUACGCAGUGUGGCCCCAAUCCUGUAUAGAGACUUAUGCAGCUGUUUAGCUUUAAGCACACAAGUAGUCUUAGUAAACACUUAUAUGCUUAAAAUUGAGCUCAUUCAUAAGUCUUUGCGGGAUCGGGGCCUAAAACAUCACUCGCCAAUCAUACUACAAAGCUACAUGCUGCCUUGCUUUGCUUAGGCAAAACUUACCGCCAUCAAUGGAUGUUUCAAUCACUAAAACACAGCCAGGAUUUGGUCCAUAAAGCAUUUGUGAAAAGGGAGCAGAUAUCUUUUCAUUAAGGGCUCAAUCAUACCAUUUAGGCACAGGCCUGCAAUGGGGGAAGUGCGGAGCCACCCUAUCCCACCCUAGGCAGGAGGCACGCUUAGGACAUGCAGCAUACUACCAGAGUCUGCUGAGGUGCCGCUAUCGCCCUGCCUUUUCUACUCCAUUUGGGAUGAAGUGUACCUCUGGGGCACACACUGUGUGCAGCACAGCAGGCUCUCCAACUGUGGCAGAGCCUGGGCAAAGUAGUCCAUUGAGAACAAGCAUUGUGUGUCCUCUGUGGUCUCUCACACCCACACAGAGGAUGGUUGCAAUCUUGACCUAGAAGAGAUGAAUAAACAGCCAGAGCUCCUAGGAGGAGGUGAGUACAGUUCAUUGUUUAAAUGGUGACAAGUAGCAGCUACUGAAGAUUCUCUAAAGUGUCAGAUUGCAGCUGGCCAAGGUCUGGGGGGGGGGGUGCAAGCGACGGGAAAGGUGUAAAAUGCCUCCCUGCUUGUGCCUCCUUCCCCAGUGACCUCAUAUGACAGGCACAAGCACAGUCCUUGUACUCCCCUGCUGACAAGGGCUGCUCCCUGCUACCACCUCUUAGGGCCCCAGCCAUCUCAAAGUGGGUGGGGGUACAGCCCUAGACCAGGAGUGCUGAAACAAUUUGUAUAGUGGGGGUGCUGAGAGCCACUGAACCCAACUGUCAGCCCUGUAUAUAAUGGAAUCCACUUCAAGCCCAGGGGUGCGGCAGCAUCCCUAGCACCCCUAGUUCCAGCACCUAUGGGUAUGCAGGGAAAUGUUUGCUACCACCCCUGAAAGACUGUUGGUUGCACCCCAAUGCAGGUCUGUGGCUAAAAGCCACAACAGAGCCCCUUGUUAGUCUGCUUUUAAAACUUCAGACCAGUGGUUCAUAACCUUUCAGGACUAAAUAUACCAGUUUGCCAGGCUAAGCCAUUGGUUUUAUCAGCCUGUGUUCACUGCCUACCACAGUCAACUGUGUCUUCUAACGACCAUUGGAACUUGGGCUACUCCUAAUGUCAAAGUCAGAGUGCAAGCAGCAGCAGUGCGGUUCCUAGCUAACAUAGGACGUGGUAGUUUAGGGUACCUGCUACAAAAGCCUGAAGUACAAUACUUGGUACCCAUACCCUUGGUUGGAAAAACCUUUGCUUCUAUAAAGCAUUGGUCAUCUUAAAAUUAAAGAGAGACAUUGCACUCAAAAUAAUAGACAAAAAAUCCUGUGUGUAACCAAAGGAAAGCAGUGUUGUUUUUCAUGUAUUCUGAACUCUAGAAUUAACAGCUUUUUGUAUUUUGUCAGCUAGUUACCAGCUGAGCCAGCAACAACAUAAAAAAAGGCAUUUCUUGCAAAACAGCUAUUGGAUUCAAGGCCUGUUGUGUUUAGCUUAUGUUUCUGCCACUUUGAAUUUAUUGCCGGUGUUCUGCUUCCACACCAACAUUUGACUGAGAGGCUACUCAGACGUGUCAUAGUAGCAACUGCACAUUUGCCUCACUCUUGAUUCUAGCCAUUUAUCCACCAACUUGUCUAGGAAUCCAAUUCAGAGCUUCGCUAUACCAUCUAUAGUAGUUGAGUUAGAUUUUAAAAACACUAGGAAAUGACAGACUGGAUUGUGGCUGCAUAUAAAUACUGUUCAUGCUCAAGGUAACCCAAAGCACUUCACUACCGUAGCACUGAGCGUACGCUGACUCAGCAGCGACUCUGGCCUCAGCAAUAGUCUGUAGUGUCCACGUACAUUAUGCUGCUAGAGAAAACAGUCGCUUGGAACAUCACUUGUCCCCUGCUCUGCAAACAGUGCCAUGGAAUCCAAUGUUCCAAAGGACAAACCAACAAAGGCAUCUCCCUGUAACAUUUCAAUGGGAGGAUUCCACUUCCAACAGGGCAGGGCUUCCCUAGUACCACCAUCUCCAGCUUGGAUAGCCUGGGGUGAGUCUUGAACCCAGGCGCGUCUAACCCAGACAUCAGAAUGCUACCACCUGAGCAGUCUCUGGUGCAUACAGUCCUUUUUCAGAGCCGUUGCUGAGGGCUAAAGUAUAUUCUUUUCACUUAUAAGGAGUUUGGUGACACAUUGUGGAAGCAGAUGAGAGACAAAAAUAGGUAUUGGUGUUGAGGAGAAAGGUACUGAAGCUAUCAAAUCUAAAUACAAUAGCUCAGGCUCAAGGAAUGGAACAAGACACAGAUAAAGAGAGUUGUCAUUUUCCAUCUUGCCAGUAUUAUAGUCUGACUCCAAUUAAGUUGCUAAACAAGAUGCAGAGUUGGUUUCCUUGUAUUGUUUUCCCAGCGCUGCAUCUGCUUAUCAUUGAACACACCAGUAGUGUAAGAUGCCCACUAAUUACCAUAGAUUUGUUGGUGUUACAAUUUUCCUAUUUAAAAAAAAAAAAAAAAAGACCCACUUGCAGGUCAUGGCAUACCAUUUCUUUAGUAGCUAGCUGCUUCCCAUCACUUGCAGUUCUCUAAGAGUCCAGGAUCUCCCUCUUCAGACACACACAUGCACUAUUUGUUUCACCUCUGGUGUUUC